CCAAGCUCUGCCACAUCCUUCUCUUCAUUCAUCUUCAGAAUCAUUCCAAAAAGUUCAUACUUUACUAAAGUCAGAAUGCUCGUUGAUAAUAUCCGCGACAGAUACCAGGCUGCUGGUCACGAUCACCUCCUCACUUUCUGGUCAACCCUUCCAGACUCAGAGCGCGAAUCCCUCUCCCACCAACUCGAAAACCUUGACAUCGACCGCGUGAACAGGAUAUACAAGAAGGCUAUCGCUUCUGAGAAGGAAGCCGCCGACCCCGAGCCUAUUGAACCCCUUCCCGUUGGGGCGUGUGAAUCUGUAGUCAAUGAUCCUGCGAACGAGAAGAGAUGGUGUAGCGAGGGCCUCGAGGCCAUCGCACGUGGGGAGGUGGGUGUACUCCUCAUGGCGGGCGGUCAAGGUACCCGUCUGGGCAGUUCAGCGCCCAAGGGUUGCUACGACAUCGGCUUGCCUUCACACAAAAGCCUCUUCCAAUACCAGGCUGAGCGUAUCGCUCGCCUUCAAGUUGUUGCCGAAAAAGAAUGCAACAAAUCUGCAGGUUCAGUCGUCAUUCCGUGGUAUGUCAUGACCAGCGGCCCAACGCGUCGCGAAACCGAGGCAUACUUCGCGAAGAACAACUUCUUUGGGCUGAGUUCAAAGAACGUCGUUUUCUUCGAACAAGGCACUCUCCCUUGCUUGACUGCAGAGGGCAAAAUCAUGCUCGAGAGCACAUCACGUGUUGCAGUCGCCCCUGACGGCAAUGGCGGGCUAUAUGCCGCUACCCGCGCACCUCUAUCCAAGUCUAACAGUUCAACGGUUCUUUCUGACUUGACUGAUCGAGGAGUCCUUUACGUUCAUGCCUAUUGCGUCGACAACUGCCUUGUCAAAGUCGCUGACCCAGUCUUCCUCGGCUACUGCAUAUCCAAGCAAGCUGACUGUGCUGCCAAAGUAGUCCCGAAGACCUCGCCCUCAGAGAACAAGCCGAACUUCGUAACUCCAAGACUGGAGAGCUCGCUUUCAACGCCGCCAACAUCGCCAACCACUUCUACACGACGAGCUAUCUCAAAUCCUGUUGAAUCAUUCGAAGAUGACCUUGCAUUCCACAUCGCUCGCAAGAAGAUUCCCACAAUUGAUCUGGAGACUGGAAAAGCAGUCAAGCCGACCAAGCCUAACGGCAUGAAGCUCGAGCUGUUUGUGUUUGACGUCUUCCCCUUCACGAAGCGCUUUGCGGUGCUGGAAGUUGCACGUAAUGAAGAGUUCAGUCCGCUCAAAAACGCGCCUGGAACUGGUGCAGAUGACCCAGAGACUAGCCGCCGCGACCUGCUUUCGCAGCACAAGCGGUUCCUGGAGAGGGCUGGUGCCCAGGUUAAGGACGGUGUGGAGAUUGAACUCUCGCCACGCGUCAGCUACGCUGGCGAGGGCCUGGAGUUUGUGAAGGGCAAGACCUUCACCAAGUCAGGUUACGUUGAAAAUCCCGAGGAGCUCGACGCUCUUCUCUAG